UUUCAGUCCUGUUAACGCAGCUCAGUAACGAUGCCUGUAACACUCGAAUAAAACACUCCUGUAUACGCUGUGUUCUCGCGCACCGCACUGGAGCGUGCGCAAGACAGGACAUUAUUCACAGUUGGAGAGAGCUCGCCUUCUCGAGGAUACAGAUAAGAUACAGGCGUUCCACGAGACCGAGUUGCUGCCUAUCAACGAAAGACGGGGGACUCGCCACAUCUGUUGCCGAGGUUAAUUCAUUAUCACGUUAGCAUCCAGCUAGCAAUCUAACGUAUAUUUCAAGGUACCCAACGUAACAGCAAGGUUUACAUUACUGCGAACAUGACGAAUGUCAUCUCUCGUUUGUGGUGGACAGCGUUCGACAUGAGUCUUCAGUAAAUACUUUAGUAAAUACUGUAAACAGGUCAAUAUAUUACGACCGGAGAAAAAGACGUAGCCUAACAUAAACGUGUGGGAAUGGGUUUCAUGUAAGUCAAGGGAGCUAGCAGGCUAGCUUCAUGGAAAUACAGAUUUAGGUUAGGCGGCUGCUGCAGAGUGUAGCUUGUAGCUACACACCCUGCUAGCUAACAUGGACUGUUUGCUUCCUAUCGAGUCUGACGGUGUCUCAGAUAGGUAAAUAUAAUGAUAUUACUGCAUUCAUUAGUCAGCUAGAAGGACGACGCGACAAUGGAGUCUUUCCUGCAGAUAGCUCCCCAUUCCCUGGCUAUAGUUCUGUCCAGGGUCGGGGCUGUGGAGGCGGUGGGGGCGGUCGGGGUAUCAGAGAGUGACGAGCUGCCGAGACACCACACCGGCUAUGAGAUUUUUGCUGAUUUCAAAGCAGAAAAUACACAGCAACAUGUGUGGAACCAGCGGAUUACAGAGGCUGUGUCCGAGACCUUCUUUCUUGGAUGGAUAGACGAGCAUGUCCUGUUGAUACAGGGGAAGGAGGACCAUCUGGAGGUGCUGAGAGAGGGAUGGAUGCGGAGGUCCCUCAAUCCGCCACGGGGAUUCACCAUCAAAUACCUGGGUGAUGUGUCACCCAUCAGUAUGUCCCCCAUCAGCCAAUCGCAGUUCAUCCCUUUGGGAGAGGUAUUGCUAUUGGCUAUCUCUGCUAUGAACUCUGCCCAUAAGCCUGUGACUCAGGAGGCCCUAACUGAACACCUGCAAACAUGUUUUCCAGGUGUUCCCACGCCAACGGAGGAGGUUCUGCACCAUACACUAAGCAUGCUGGUCCGUGAGCGGAAGAUCUAUCCAACACCUGACGGAUAUUUUAUUGUAACCCCUCAGACUUACUUUAUAACUCCAAGCCUAGUCCGAACCAGCUCCAAGUGGUACCACUUAGAUGAGCGAUCCGCUGACCGACACCAACAGCAGCAACAUCAUAACCAACAGCAGCAUCAGCAGACACAGUGCACCUCUCCUCUUUCUGGCACUAUCACUCCAUCCACCUCUGGAGUCGUGCGAGAUCGAACACAUACAAAAUCCAGCCAAAACCACAGUGGAGGAGGCGGGGAUUCUUUUUACAACAGUUAUCGUGGAGAAGACCCAUCUAGCCACCACACCACCCUGCAGCGCCGAUCCCCCAAAGACCACCGGGAGGCAUACUCAUCCCCGCACUCCUCACAAACAACUCCUCAGCAAGCAGGAGGUAACGCAGAAAAAAGUCGCAGCACCCUCGGGUUCCCCUUCAAGACGGACACGCUAACUAAGCACCGAGGUGGGGGAGGGGGAGGAGGAGGAGGAACUGGAGAAAUAGAGAAACAAGCAGGUGGAGGAAGUGGCACAGGAAGUCGGAAAUUUGGUUUAAAGCUGUUCCGUCUAAGCUUUAAGAAGGAUAAGGCCAAACAGCUGGCUACCUUCUCUGCACAGUUCCCCCCUGAGGAGUGGCCGCUCCGUGAUGAGGAGGCACCCAGCCAGCUGCCACGCCAUGUAGAGAUGGAGAUCAUCCGCAGAAUCAACCCUGACCUCACUGUGGAGAACCUUGCACGGCACACAGCGGUCAUGAAGCGUCUCGAAGAAGAGCGUGCCCAGAGGAGCAAAGCAUCAUCAGCCAAUCACAGCUCUAGGAGUAGGAGAAGUGGUGGUAGGCACAGGAAGCAGUCUCAGACCAAACUCAGCCGCUCACAUAGCAAGACAAGGAUAUCCCGGGGUGAGCCGAGCGACGGUUCCCACUUGGAGCUGGCCGACAGGGACUACAGAGCCUACUCAUCAUCGCUGGCUCGGUCCCCGAGGGAACAUGCCCUGGCCGUGGAGCGGCAGCGAGCCCGGCUUCAUCUGGCACACAGCAACCCCAACAUCCUUGACUCCUCCCACCUCCCUGUCACCCCUGAGUGGGAUGUGUCUGGAGAGCUUGCCAAGCGACGCACAGAAAUGCCAUUCCCUGAGCCAAGCCAUGGCCCAUCAGCCCACCACUCCAAAGUCCACCGCUCACACUCCCAUACCCAAGAGAGGAAGUCCAGAAACGAACGCAGUGACAAGGCCAAGGAACGUUCCAGAUCCAUGGACAAUUCUAAAGGACCUCUUGGAGCUGGGUUGAUCGGACCACCUGAUUAUUACGACGACCGGAGCCGUUACUAUACUGAUGAUGGCACCCUGCGAGCCAAUCAGAGCUCUUCUCACUACUCUCGUGCCACACCACCUUCAGCUAAGAUGCCUGUGGAUUCUAUGGGGUUGGAUGGUGGCAGGAGCUUAGAGAAGAGUAAGAGCAGGGAUAGCCUGCCAGCAUACUCACCCAAACCACUGCCCACAUCUGUCCCUCCUGAUGAUUACUUUCAAUGCGCCGGUUCUGAGGCUGUUCUCACAGCAACAAACCCACUCGGAGCUCUGAGCAAAAGUAGCCAUGAUGGGUUAAAACUAGGCAACACUGACAGGCAAACAGACAGACAGAUACCACAUCCCCUAGAAAAUAAGGAGGACUCAAAGGUGGGACCUAAGGGUGGCAGCCUGCCUCCAAUACCUCUUUCUAUCCCUGACCUCCCCCUUCCUAAUGGACGUCCAUCCCACAGUGCCUCCUCUGGUCAGGAGAAACGUAAAGAGAUCUUUAGUAAAGACACACUUUUCAAACCUCCUCCUAGCCUCCCUUUGCCUGGCUACAGCUCUCUGAGAAAACCCCCAGUCCACGCCUCCUGUACUCUGUCAUCGUCCUGUGAUGCACUCGAUUCCCAGGAGGCCUUUGAUGCUCCCAAACCUCUGAUGGCCACACCACCUGCUCCCUCUCAGGGGAUUGAAUCUACAACUAGUGCUGCAGAGGCCUCCUUCGACUACUACAACGUGUCAGAUGAUGAUGAACUCGAGGAGGGAGGGACUAAAAAUCGAGGAGAGGACGAGAAGGCUGGAGGAGGCAUUGUUGGGAUGGGAGGAGGUGGAGCAGGGACCAUGCAGUGGCUAUUAGAGAGAGAGAAGGAGAGGGAUCUACAGAGGAGGUUUGAAAGAACCCUCACCUUCCCUGGUGCUAAAGAGAACCUUCCAGAGCCUAGUCAGAACCAGCAGUCAGCCCACUCUGCUAGACUAGACAGUAUGGACUCCAGCUCUGUUACUGUUGACAGUGGAUUCAACUCUCCAAGAACAAGGGAGAGCUUAGCAUCUAACACCUCAUCCAUAGUGGAGAGCAACCGUCGGCAGAAUUUGGCACUGAGCCCCGGCCACCUUGGCAUCACUACCGGCAACGGUCCCCCCUUCUCCUUCCGCACCAUCCCAGAACCUGCUAGCACCCAACCAGAGAAACUCCAGAAGCCCAGCGCCUGCCUUGCCUCAAUCACCAGCGUCUAGGAGUGUAACUAAGGGUUGGGUGGAGUGCCAAAAGCCAACGGACAGGGGCCAGAAAACAAAAGUACCACCCCAAGGACUGUUACACCUGUAGACUGACAGACUGUCUGAAUCAGUGGAGCCCACUGUGGAACUAUAGCUGUUACCACAUUUAUUAUUAUACACUCUGUCAGAGGAAUUUAGACCACCAGGAAAUUGCUGUCUGUCUCCCUCAUGCACACACACGCACACACACACACACACACACACACACACACACACACACACACACACACACACACACACACACGUACACACCAGGCCACUGGGCAGACUUUGACCAUGUCAUUCUACAGCCUCUAGUUUACACACUGCUGUUGUGUUGUUACACUUAUGUGGGUUAUAGUUGUGUGUGUGUGUGUGGGGGGGGGGGUUGUAAUCUGUAAUCUCAGGUCAUGUUAUUUCCACUCCCAUUCCAGCUGCUACAGAUUAGUGCAUCUCCCUCUUGUGGUGUCUCCUGGUAUUACACACUGAAGAGGCGCAGAAAUUGGUAGACACCCUAUAAGGUGCAGUGCCACAGGACAUGAAACAGUCAACACUGUUGACCAUCACUCAAAAUGCAACAACAAUGUGAGGUGGUCAGUCAAAUGAGUAACUUGUAACCAAGACUGCUUUUACUGUACACCCUCACACCCUCUGUAGAAUGAAGCUGAGCAGUUCUUUUAUCUGUUGGAUGCCAUGAUGCCCAUCUAAACUGCCUGAACACUCUUGCCAUUUUUUAACAGCUUUUAAAGGUGCAGCAGCUUGAAAAUAACAAAUUCUCAUAUUUGCGGAAAUUUUCACUGUAUCCUGACAGUAGUUCAUGAGACUGUCGAGGCAGACGACCACCCACCUAGAGCCGAAGGAUCUGUCCUAGGUUUCUGCCUUUUAACAGGCAGUUUUUCCUUGCCCUUGUCACCAAGUGCUUGCUCAUGGUGGUACUGUUGGGUCUCUGUAAAUAAUGUUUUAAAGAGUUCGGUCUAGACCUACUCUAUUUGAAAAGUGUCCUGAGAUAACUUCUGUUAUGAAUUGGCGCUAUACAAAUAAAAUUGAAUUGAAUUGAAUUGAAUUGAUCAUUAAAAAUUAGGGUGUUCCUAAUGGCUUUUGCAAGAAUUGUUUAAAUUGAAAAUUGUUAAGUGUCAUUCCAUGGUCGGCAAGCACCAUCACCUUGAGAUCCCAAAGUCAUGCACUCUUGUAAGUAUAUAGUGAAAGUAUGACAAAAAGUAAUUUUAUUCAAGUUACCUACUGCAGCUUUAACUGUCUCCUCCAACUGUCAUAUAUGGACAGGCUGAGGUGUAGCUCCAGGGAAGAAAUAUUUGACAGACUGUUUUGAGAGGAACAGAGGCACAGUGUUUGUCUCUUUUUGACGUUACGCCUCAUGGGUGGGAUGCAGCUGCGUCAUGUUUCUGCUCUGUCCAGCAGCUUCCAGAAACAAUCCUUUGCCAUUCCAGUCUGCCAGUCUACUUUUAUAACAAGCAGGGUGAAUUUCUCCCAAAAAGAUAGGGGGAAUUAGUUUGUUACAACAGCACAGAGACGGGCUGAGUAGUAAUGAAACAUUUUUCAACACUUUUGAAAUAAAUAAAUAAAUAAUAUAUCAAAGAAAUCAGAGAGGUGACAUUAAAAAAAAGCUAAAAAGCUAUGUAAAGAAUAUACGUACAAGUGAAUUUCUAUACAGUGUAUAAAUGCCUAUAUUUAUUGACAGUUGACAUACAAUUAAUAUUUAAUGGCAUGCUACAUUUUGGUACUGAUUUUGUCUUUAGUACAUAUAUCAAAACUAGUUUUUAUUGUUUGUUUAUAGAGUCACUUCACAGUGAUAUUCAGAUAUAAGCUAUUGAGGUCCUGCAGAUGACAUCAACAGCCACCAUACUGGCAGGCGGAAAACAAAAAUUUCUCUGUCCUGCUAGCAUGCAAGUAUAUUCAUAAUGACUGAUGAGGUAGCUAAUUUAGAUAAAAAAAUUUCUACUAUGCCAGUCACACCACUAAAUCAACAGUUAAAUGUCCAGUGUGUAACCUUUAGGAGGAUCUAUUGACAUAAAUGAAAUAUAUAAUAUUCAUAGAUAUGUCUACAUUAGUUAAUAAUCACCUGAAUAUAGGAAUCAUUAUGUUUUGUUACCUUUGAAUGUGCCAUUAAUAGCUACAGACAGUGCUGGUCGCCUUUUGCUGAGGUUGUGAAGUUGAACCGCCAUGUUUCUACAGUAGCCCAGAAGGGACAAGCCAGGGACAGGCCCUAGAUAGGGCCAUUUGCAUUUUUACAUAUGUUUUACAGCCACCAUAGUUUCUCCCUCAUGCUUAGAAAUAGAGGUUGAACCAAGUGAGUUGCAAUAUGCAACUGCACCACAAGAUGCCACUAAAUCAUACACACUUCACCUUUAAACGUCAUCUAAUUUCUUCUUUAACAAACACUGAGAUUUAUCAUUAUCAGUGACUAAAAGCAGUGUGGUGGUGGUGGUGGUGGUGGUAUUGGAGAUACUAUAUACGAAGGGACCAUUGUUGUAGUUAAACUUAGACACAGUUCACAAGGCUUGGUAAUGAUCAUGUUAUACAUGAUAACUUUCAUACUUCUAAAAGAUAACUGUAGACACUGAAAAACAGCAUUUAGCUUUGUUACAGAAGGUGAAGUACAGUGAUUACAGUUGGCUACUCAUGAAGAUACUUUGGUCCUUAUUCAUAUUGACUAAAUCAGCUAAUGUUUAUUGUGACUCACUCAACUAUGAUUAAUGCUGGAACAGCACAGUUUGUCACCAUGCCUCACCAUUUUCUAUUCAUAUGAAGCCUGCAGCACACUGUGUAUCUGUUGUAAUGUUAGCCACAUUAACUAAUUAAGAAACAGACAAGGCAAUCGUAGGUGCUCGUUAUAUUAAUGAUUUAUUCAUUUAUUUAUUAAUUUACCUUGGCAGACUGUUACCAAAGGUGAGCUGGGGUUACAUGUGAAUCGAUAUGCACUUGAAGACCUGAGCAGGAACAGUUUAGCCAUUACAUUCAUGUAAUUCCCUUUUUUACCACUAUAUUUCUCUAGCUCUUUAGAGCUCAGGUGAGACCUCAGGUGGUCAGAAGUUGGAUACCAGCCCCAUUUGAUAACUUCAUUAAGAAACUAUGAAUUAGCCAUUGUUGUUUGUGGAGCUGUUUUCUUCUUCUGCUCAUAAGUAUGGCACUCGGCACUAGAUAUCAAUGUCACAGCAAGACCUCAAUAAACACAGAAACUGAGAUAGUCAUUGGUUUUGUUUAUCCAUGAAAGGUUUUCACCAUUUAUUGCUUCUAUACAUUUGUAAUUGAAGGGAAAGGAGGGUGGGGAGUGGGUGCAGAGAGAGAAGCAGAAAAUGUCAGCUAAACAACUUGAAAGAAAAACAAAUCUCCAUUAAACACAGCAGAAAAACCAAAAACAAGUGAACCAAACAACAAUAAAUGUGUGAAGAUUGGGCUGCUUGAAUGACACAGCUGCAUCCAGUGGUGAGGGGUUACAGUCACAUCACUGUUGAGUUUCAUAGCUAAGUUGUUUGAAUGAGUAGCUGGCUUCUUCUAAGAGCUGGGAGAUUUUAACCAGCAAAAAUCACAGACUAUUUUCACUAGAUGGGUUGUUCACAUUCAUUAGGAGCAGCUCUACUGGCAACCUGAGGUGGAGUGUCCAACAGAGAAUAUGAAAUGAGAUCCAGAACAAAAAACUCAUCCAGACAGUGUUCUACACAAGCAGGGAUGUGACUUACUUUUUUUUAUUUAAGUAGUUCUUUAUUUAUACACAACUUUACCAUGCAUUUAUAUUUCUGUCAAGCUCAUGAUUACGCACUGCAAGUAUUUCUUCAAAAUUUGAAUCAAAUCCCAGAACCACUGUCACUCCUGGUGCUGUAUGAUGUAUUAUCGUCAGUGAUUGCCAUGAUAAUAGUCAUAAUGAAAAGAGUGAUGAUAUAGUUGGAAUAUAGUACUAAAAUGGCUGCUUACACUUACAACUUAGACGGACAGUGUGACCACUGACUUGUGACACUUGGAAAUGUAAAAUAAGACCCACAUUCAAAAUGUUUUUUUUCGCAGUAAUAUAAAACCAGACCUGAGCUAAACUGGAUUUACCUAUCUCAACAAUUUCUGCAGUCCUAUAGGUCAAUCAUUUCCCAUCCUCCUAUAGGCUCAGAGAGCUGUAAGUCAUCCCACUGUUGUCGUCCUAUAGGCUCCUUUAAAACUACCUCCACAGCAGCAAAAACACAGCCCGUUUCUAUUCGCACUGUCAUCAGCCUCUAGCCUGUGAAUGUCUACACACACACACACACACACACACACACACACACACACACACACACACACACACACAAUGCAUACACACAUAUGUACACUAACACGCUACACAUUGAAGUGCUCGACUCCCUGUUGUUUCCUUCUCUUCACUAACAAGGUUUCUUCUAAUGGUACAUGAUAGCAUUCUGGUUCAUUGCCACUCUCGCCUUUGAGUGUGUUCUCAAUUUCCACACUGGAAGGCAGCAAGAAUAGUCUGCCACCAUAGCCACUGCCCGGUUGCAUCAAUUUUGACAUCAUAAAUAUUUGCUGUUCCAUGAUCUGACAAGCACUUCAUUUGAAGCUUACUGACCCUUUAAGUGUGCCUCAGUAAAAGAUACAAGUGUAGCUGCUUUUGGUUAAAAAACUUAAUUUGUAUUGUAGAGCCUGAUGUUUAAAAAAAAAACAAAAAAAAAAAACCUAUUUAUUUUCAUAGAUUUCUAUGUUUUCUCUCAAUGUGGGGUGCUCAGUUCCCUGUUGCCUGCAGUCCUUGUCACAGCUUACUAUAGUGUCGGUCUGGGCAACAUCAUCACAACUGACCAGUACAAAUCACUAGAGUAGCGACAAGAACAAAAAUCCUCAUUGGCUUCCGACCUGAAAACACACUGUGUUUGUUGGAAUGCACAACCAAACCAGACGCACUGCUACAGGGAAUCAAACUCCUGCAAUGGAAGUCUGUCAUGUGCUCAGAACAAAUGUAACAAACACUUCUUUGAUGAAAACUCCCUUGAUUCCAUUGAAGAACUAGUCAGAUAGCUCCAGGUAUGAUGUAAAAAGGUAUUAUACUUACCACUAGAGUAGUACUCCCUGACGUUUUAGUUCUCAUUCCACCACUGCAUUCGGUUCUACACUGCAUCCUGCCACUACACAAGGGUCCAGCGUUAUGUGUUACCACCACAAUAAAGGGUUCAGUAUGCUUCAAACUGCGAAUACUAGGACUUUACCCCUUUCUCCCUCUAUACUAGAGUACUGGUUUAUAUUCUCUCUGUAAUGGAUUGAUGUUUCUGUUCUGCUAAUAUGGUCACUCUGUCAAUAUUUUAAGAUUCUAAUCUCUGUUCUAACACUGCAAGAGAUUUAGUCUGUUCUACUGCUAUACUUGUGUUUUAGUCCCAGGGGUGCAAGGGACUAAAAUCCAAGGGAGAAAACCCCUGGGGACACUACCAACAAUACAGAUUCUAGUCAUUGUUCUCUGACUGCUACGAUUGUAGCGAGUAGUCUACAAUGUCAGCAGGGUUCUAAUACUAAUUAGGGUUUCAAGUCCUCCCUCUGUCAAUAUUCUAGGGGUAUACUGUACAUCCUUUCUGUAUCUGUAAUAGGGUUCUUGUUUCUGAUCUCACCCAAUAGUAGGUUUCUGAUACAUCAUUACAGUAGGGUUCUAGUCCCAAUUAUGCCUCUACCAAGGUUUGUAGCGCCGGUUGUACCCAUGUAGUUUGGCCUUAUUCCCUAUUCUAUGAAAGACACAGACAGGAAUAAGUCCAAGUCAAGUCCCUGUUCCACCUUUACCAUUUAGAGGGUGCCCUGCCCCUACAAGUACAGUAGUUUCGGUCUCUGUUGUACCACUGAUCUUGGGUUUACCACUACAGUUGAUUUUUUGUCCCUACAGUGGAGUUUAAUCUCUAUUGUACAACAGUUCAGGGGUUUUAGCUCUUGUUCCACAACCACAGUGUGGUUCUUGUCUCUGUUCUACAAGUAAAAUUGGGCAGUAGUCCCCUGUCUGGUGGAGGUCAUGGGUUCCAUUCCUCAUGUGUGAUGUUUACACUGCCCCCCACCCCAAUCCUCUCUGCUACUGUCUGGCCCAGUGGCCCUCCAUUAACCCUUACUCCCCUCCAGCUACAAGUCCUGUAACCUUCCAUCCCUUUUCUACACUGACAGUCCAUGAAAUGUCUUCCCUUAACAUCGGUGGUGGUUUAUAAAAAGGUUCAAGAAUAACAUUGUUUCUAAUGGUGACGGUAUGUCAUACCUGUAAAUGAUGUUUAUCUGUCAUGCCUAGUCAAAUAAUUUAAACAAUAAAAAGAGGGAUUUUUAAAUGUCUAUAAUAUCUAAAAGUCCCUUUGAUGUGUAGUUCUGGUGUUACCGUUGUUGUAGUGUAUGUGAUACCCUAUGGGGAUUGUGUUACUUUUUAAGAUAAUAAAAUAACAAUGUUUGGUUACACAA